AGUGGGAAGCGGAGCGCCGGAAGCAGACAGCAGAGGGGGCCUCGUGGAGGAGACGGCAUGGGGCGGAUCGGGCGGUCCCGGCACCAGAAGCGCGCUCGCGCCCAGGCGCAGCUCCGCAACCUCGAGGCCUACGCCGCGCAGCCGCACUCGUUCGUGUUCGCUCGGGGCCGCGCGGGCCGUGGCGUCCGGCAGCUCAGCCUAGACCUACGGCGGGUCAUGGAGCCGCUCACCGCCACCCGCCUGCAGAUACGAAAAAAAAACUCUCUAAAGGAUUGUGUGGCAGUGGCUGGGCCUCUUGGGGUCACACACUUCCUGAUCUUGAGCAAAACGGAGACCAACAUCUACUUUAAGCUGAUACGCCUCCCUGGAGGCCCCACCUUAACUUUCCGAAUCAACAAGUACACGUUGGUACGUGAUGUGGUCUCCUCGCUGCGCCGGCACCGUAUGCAUGAGCAGCAGUUUGCCCACCCACCCCUCCUGGUGCUCAACAGCUUUGGUCCCCAUGGCAUGCAUGUGAAGCUCAUGACCACCAUGUUCCAGAACCUGUUCCCUUCCAUCAACGUGCAUAAGGUGAACCUGAACACCAUCAAGCGCUGCCUUCUCAUCAGCUACAACCCCGAAUCACAGGAGCUGGAUUUCCGCCACUAUAGCAUCAAAGUUGUUCCUGUGGGUGCAAGUCGAGGGAUGAAGAAGCUCCUCCAGGAGAAGUUCCCCAACAUGAGCCGCCUGCAGGACAUCAGCGAGCUGCUGGCCACGGGUGCGGGGCUGUCUGAGAGUGAGGCGGAGCCUGACGGCGAGCACAAUAUAACAGAGCUGCCGCAGGCCAUCGCCGGGCGCGGCAACAUGCAGGCCCAGCAGAGCGCCGUGAGGCUCACUGAGAUCGGGCCCCGGAUGACGCUGCAGCUCAUCAAGAUUCAGGAGGGAGUUGGGGAGGGAAAUGUGCUGUUCCACAGUUUUGUGCAUAAGACGGAGGAAGAACUGCAGGCCAUCCUGGCAGCCAAGGAGGAGAGGCUGAGGCUCAAGGCCCAGAGGCAGAACCAGCAGGCCCAGAACGUCCAGCGCAAGCAGGAGCAGCGAGAGACCCAUAAAAAGAAGAGCCUGGCGGGCAUGAAGCGAGCUCACGCAGCAGCUGAUGGGGACAGCGAUGCCGAGGACCCUGGGGCUCCCCCAGAGGCAGAGGGGCCCAGCCAGCAGGACGAGGAGGAGGAUGAAGCCGAGUAUUUCCGCCAGGCGGUGGGCGAAGAGCCUGAUGAGGACAUGUUCCCAAAGGCAGCCAGGCGGAGAUGGCCCACCGGGCCCCCAGGAAAGAAGCAGCGGGUGAAGGAGCAGAAGCUGGGCCGAGGCAGCAAUCAGAGGCCGCCAAAAAGCAAGGGCAGGCCCCAGGGUGCCCAGGCCAAGGCUGGACCCAAAUGGGCUGCCCAGGAUCGUGGGCGGGGCCGAGCACGGCCACCUAAGAGAGCGUGCUGCCAAGUGGGGCGAGCUGGGCAUGUGUCCGGGGCCUUGGCCCCUACUGCCUGGCCCAGGACCAGGUGGGGCAACUGGCUCCCAGGAGUCAGAGGAGAAUGGGUUAAGAGUAACUACUCGGGGACUUCCUCCCGGAGCCCUGGAGUUGGGGAGGGGAUGGAGACAGAAGCCAGCCUGGGGACCAACUGGGAACAGGCCAUUUCUGCCUCAGGUGCCAGGACCUGCCCAGCCAACUUCACGGCAGCCGCCGACCACAUCCUCAGUCGUUUCCAGGAAGACUACCUGUGGCCCAUGCUGGCGGCUGAGUUCCUGGUGGCCAUGGCCGGCAACAGCCUGGCCCUAUACCGUUUUUUCACACGGGAGCAGCGCCCGUGGCACCCGGCCGUGGUCUUCUCAGCCCAGCUGGCUGUCAGUGAUCUGCUCUAUGCCUUGACACUGCCCCCGCUGGCUGCCUACCUCUACCCACCCAAACACUGGCGCUAUGGCGAGGCUGCGUGUCGCCUGGAGCGCUUCCUGUUCACCUUCAACCUGCUGGGCAGUGUCUUUUUUGUCACUUGCAUCAGCCUCAACCGCUACCUGGGCAUUGUCCACCCCUUCUUCACCCGCAGCCACCUGCAGCCCAAACACGCCUGGGCCAGCAGUGCUGUGGGCUGGGUGCUGGCGGCCCUGCUGGCUGCACCCACGCUCGGCUUCUCCCACCUGAAGAGGCCACACCAGGAGGGCAAGUGCAGCAACUCCAUGCCUGAAGCCUGCAUCAGGUGUCUGGGGGCAGCGGAUGACACCCAGCUCCCCGCCUACCGAGCCUACAGCCUGGUGCUGGUGGCGCUGGGCUGCACCCUACCACUGCUGCUCACCCUGUCAGCUUACGGCGCCCUUGGCAUGGCUGUGCUGCGCAGCCAUGGCAUGACAGCCGCUGAGAAGUUGCAUGUGGCCGUGCUGGUGGCCAGUGGUGUGGUCCUCUACGCCAGCUCCUACGUGCCCUACUAUGUCACGUGGGUUCUCAAUGUGCAUGCCCGGCAGCGCUGGAAAGCCAACUGCCCCAGCUUUGUGGACGUGGCCCAGGCCCAGGCCCAGCUGGAUUGGGGCAUCUACGUGGCCCACCAGGUAAUGCGGGGCCUCAUGCCCCUGGCCAUCUGCAUCCACCCACUGCUCUACAUGGCUGUGGUGCCCAGCCUGGGGAGCUGCCGCCAAUGCUGCCUCGGCUGCAGGGAGGCCUGGGCCGCGGAGGACACGAAGAGCUCCAGCCAAGCCCUGCCGCUCAGUGUCACAGCCACCCUCUGAAACCACAGGGCGCCGGUCCCCUGAGCUAAGCCUGUGACUGGCCUAUCUUGGGCUGCUGCCUCCUGACCACAAAAACCCGGCAGUGGAAAAGGGACCAAGAAUACAGCGGGCUUGUGGCCCCAAGCCAGCACCAGGCCCUGAGCCGCCACUUCCUCCCCCUGAGAAAGGCCUGUGCUGGGGCCGGUGAGCACCCAGGUCAGAGCAGCAGGACACCCCUCCCAUAGAACCUGGUGCUGCACCGGGCCUGGGGGCAGACCCACAACUGGGGCCGGGGCUGGUGGCACCUGAAAAUAAACAGGACAGCAGAGGGCGA